CUUUGUUCCAAUAAAUGUCAUCGUGAAAUAUAUGCAAAAAUAAUUAAACGAGUGUAAAUUUAUAACAAACUCAAAUAAAAGUUGGAGGUCAGCACAUAACAAGGGUGCAGGAGAGAAGGGUUGAAGAUAAAGUACUUUAAAUCGGCAGCAACAAAAUUUCAGUUUUUCCCGAUAACGGUCAGUAGUCAAUUACCGUUCAACAAAGAACAACAUAAUGAGGCUCCAAACGGGAUUACUGGUUAUAUUUUUAUGCGUUAACUUUUCGCAAGCUUUUUGGCCUUGGCCUUUUACCAAAACUCACAAACAUAAGCAUGACCCUCCGCCACCGCCACCACCUGAGCCAAAAAUUUCACCUGUAAUAUUUGUUCCUGGCGAUGGCGGCUGUCAAAUUGAUGCUCGCCUCAAUAAAAACGAUACUCCGCAUUAUAUAUGCGAGAAGACGCAUGAUUGGUAUACUCUCUGGUUAGAUAUCGAGGAAUUAGUGAUACCCAUGGUAUAUUGUUGGAUUGAUAAUGUUAAAUUGUAUUAUGAUAAAGCUACGCGCACAACACAUAAUACGCCUGGUGUUGAGACUCGUGUUCCCGGCUGGGGUAAUCCAGAAGUGGUGGAAAAUAUUGCUCCUUCCAAAAGUAGUGCUGGAGUUUAUUUCAGUGCUAUUGCCAAUCUUUUGAUCGAAUUGGGCUAUGAGCGUAAAAAGAAUAUCCUUGGAGCACCCUAUGAUUUUCGGAAGGCUCCAAAUGAGAACAAGCAAUUUUUUAUCGACCUAAAAGAACUUGUUGAAGAUGCCUAUGAGAGGAAUAACCAAAGUGCAGUCACCUUCAUUACACACAGUAUGGGUAGCCCAAUGACAUUGAUCUUUCUACAAGAACAGAGUGCUGACUGGAAAUCCAAAUAUAUUCGAAGACAAAUUAGUUUAGCCGGUGCCUGGGCAGGUAGCAUGAAGGCGGUUAAAGUAUUUGCCAUGGGUGACGAUUUGGAUUCAAUUGCAUUAAUUGCCAGUAUAUUGAAGCAAGAGCAAAUAACCCAUCCAUCAUCUGCCUGGUUGCUGCCAUCACCAUUAUUCUGGAAGCCAUCGGAAGUGUUGGCAUCGACACCUUCACGCAAUUAUACUAUGUCCCAGAUGAAGGAAUUCUUUCAGGAUCUCGAUUAUAUGACUGGCUGGGAAAUGCGUAAGGAUACUUUGCGUUAUUCGGAGAAUUUCAGUCCGCCAGAAGUGGAACUACAUUGCCUCUAUGGUGAUGGAAUUCCUACUGUCGAGAGUUUACAGUACAAGAAGGAUGAUAUAGCUAAUACCACGCCCAAUUUGGUAAUGGGUAUAGGCGACGGAACCGUUAAUCAAAGAUCAUUGCGAGCUUGCCAACACUGGUCGGGUUAUUCAAGCUCAGAAAUUAAUACCUUGGCCCUGCAGGGUGUCGAUCAUAUGAAAAUUUUGACGAAUUCAGAUGCUUUGCGUUAUAUACGGACAGUUAUGAAACAACCCUAAAUAAAGCAGUGCCAAAAAUCUUUAAGUGAUCGAAUGUAAAGGUUUUAGCGCCAAUUUUAAGUGUUUAAGUAGCUCAAAAAUAAAUGUUCCAAAUGUUA